UUUUGCAUUUGCAACUAGAUUUCUACGCAUUAAAGCAAAUUUAAGUGUGAUUACCAAAGUUUUUGUGAUCAUUUUUCGUCCAAAAAUCAAAAAAAAAGAGUUAAUUCAAUCAUCAAGCCAGAUUAAACAAACUUGGAAAUCCCAAAUAAAUUUUGUUUUGGAGAACGAAAUAAAUGUAUCUGAGGAGAAAUGGAGUGCAAUGUAACGCAAGAAGACCUUCAAAUCUUAUUAGAAAAAUUCGAAAAAAAGUCCUAUGAGGCUGGUUUAUGUGAAAAAGGAAGUUUUGAAUACGAAACUACAAAAAAAUUAGAAAAUUUAUUAAAACUUGACUACAAAAUUAUAGAACUGGAUAAUAUUAAUGGAGCAUUAAAUUCAAGAUAUCCUUGCAAAAUAUUUAUUCCCGAAUAUGAAAGACAGCGUAGUAUUAAUGGCUUUAAUGUUCUUCCAAAUACUGAUUUGAAUAAUACACCAACAACAAAUUCGACUACUCUAAAUAAUUGUGUAUCUGGUCGUGCUCAAAAUGUUAUAUAUGAAGAUUUAAAUGACACUGGGAAGACCAGAGAAAUGAUUACUAUGGCCAAAUAUGCUCGUUGUCGUCAAAGAUUUGUUGUGCCAGUCAUUUAUUUCAAGGGGAAUUAUAUAUGUAGGUCAUCGACAUUAUCAGUAAUGCCUGAAACUUACGGCCGCAAAGUUGUCGAUUAUGCUCAUAACUGUAUUUACGGUGGUAAAAAUAGUCAAAUUCAACAAAUGGAUCAGGAUGAUAAUUCUACUACAGACGACAUUCCUUUUGAUUCUUUAUAUAAUCCGGAACCAUCACCAUUUUCUUACGAAGUUGUUAUUAAAAGUGAUAUUCAGUUGUUGAAAUCUUUAAAUGUUAAUACCAUUAUCGAUUUAAUGGUGGAACAAAGAAAAAUAAAAUAUUUUGUAGCUGUCUCGUCUUCGGAAAAGGCUGAUCCAGAGAAUCAUUACAAAAAUUUCAACAUCCUUUCACUUCCUUAUCCAGGCUGUGAAUUUUUUUCAAAAUUUCGCGACAAUAAUUAUAUGGCGAAAAAUUUGUACUUUAACUGGAAACAAAAUUUUAUUGAUGCUUCACUAAAUAUACCAAGAACAGGGCCAGCAUUUGAUAUUGAUUUGAACUGGCAAGAUUAUCGUAAAUGGGAUUUAGUUUUAAUAACACAAAAUUAUUUAAAAGCUUCAUUAAAAUACAUUCAGGAGGAGAAUUCUGGCAUUCUAGUCCACUGUAUCAGUGGGUGGGACAGAACACCACUAUUCAUAUCAUUGUUAAGGCUUUCAUUAUGGGCAGAUGGAUUAAUACAUGAUUCAAUGACACCGUUGCAAAUGGCAUAUUUUACAUUAGCUUAUGACUGGUAUCAAUUUGGCCAUCAGCUUCCCGAUCGUUUAACUCGGGGCGAAGAAAUAAUGUUCUUUUGCUUUCACGUUCUUAAAUAUAUAACAGAUGAAGAAUUUAGUAUUCUCGAGCAAAGAAAGCGAACUAAAACUACAAGCAGUAGUGGAAGUAGCAGUGUUAUUAUAUUAAAGUCUGAUUGCUGUGAUGAUGAUUCUUUAAAAGAGGAUUUCUUUCAAAAUCUUGAUCAGGACAGCAAUGAUAGUUUUGCUAACUGUGAUAUGUCAUCAACUACAAAUGAAAAUUAUUUUUCAAGCAAUAAUAUAACUAAUCGAUCGCCUAAUCCAAAGCGUUCAAAAACUAGUCCAAUAUCUGUACCAGAAGUAAGUGCAUGUCAGCGACAACGACAAGAAUCAACAUCAUCUAAUGGAAGUUGGCAAGUUGUCACAGAAACCGGUAGUAUUGAUUCAAUUAGAAACGGAAGUUAUAUGAUGCGUUUUAUUCAACAAGACCAACAAUCUAAUUGUUCAAAUUCAAAUCACAAAGAGACUAAAAGCUUUUCGUCGCUAUCUGCCGAUAAUGAAGCAGAAAAUAGUUAUGAACAUGAUAAUUUGGCCGAUCAAAUCAACAAUCUGUCAGAUCAUUCUUCCGAUUUGGAAAAUUUUUUGAGUGAAGAUUUCAAUGUUCAUAAUAAAGACUAUUACACGAACUGUAAUAGCCGAAAUGGAAAUCGAAAGCAACGCCUAAGUGCUGUUAGAGCUUGUUUUAUACAAGCUUAUGGUAAAACGAUUGGUUUAAAAUUCAAAGAAGGAACUAGUAUGAAUUUGGCAACAUUUAUUGGUACAAUCGCAGAUCAACUUUUCUAAUUACAGCUUAAAAAUUCAAGUAGUAAAGAAUUUAAAGUAAAAUAAAAAAAAUUGUAGCAAUGAAAAUCAACUGAGCAACUUUAACACAACAAAAAUGAAACAAAACCAAUAACAUAAACGUAGUAACAAUAUUGUAAUUAUUUUUUUAUACGGAAAUAAUUUUCAAGAGAAAGAAAUUUUUGUUAAUUUCUUACUUAAUUAUAUAAUAAAAAAUUUUAAUAUGAAUAUAGUAGAUAAUAUAAAACAAAAAAACUGCAGAAAAUUUGAAUCAUCUAUUCAAAUCCAAAAUUAUAUAAAAUUUUAUAAACAACUCGGAUUCAAAAUAUCAAUCGUUAUUAGAGUUGAGCUGACCCUCAAUUACAAGGGAUGGAAUUAUUAGCUAUUUGUUUCUCAAGUCAAUUGCAAUUAAAAUUAAAUUAGUAAUCGAAACUAUUAAUUAACAAUAAAUUUUUUUUAAAUUGAAAUAGUUUGAUUUUUUGAAAAAAAAAAAUUCUAAUUAACAAUAAUUAUUAAAGUAUUAAAUACACAAAAUUUUGAAGCCCCAAACAGCAUCUUUACGAAACAAGUAUUGCGUAAGCGAAAACUAUAUAUGAAAUAAAUUUCUUGAAAUAAAUGAAAUAUUUUAAGUUUUUUUAUUUUUUAUAUUAUAAUUAAUAAUCACGUCCUCUGUAAUUGAGCUUUGUUGCUAAUUUUCUAAUUUUUUAUGAAAUUUUACAACAUUAGUCUUUAAUAAAAUCAUUUUUUUAAUUUUGUAUAGUUCAAUCAUAUGUAUUUGUUUUUUUCAUAUUCCUUAAAAAAUUAUUCGAUUAAUUAAAAAAACAAAAUAUUUUCUAUAAAAUUUGUUUACCGUUAAAUGCUGCCUGUUUAUUUUUAACAUAAAUAUUGAAGUAAUUAGAAUGAAACCCAUAAAAUUAUUCAUUAAAUAAUACUAUAAGAGUAAUAACGAUAAUAAUGUUGUUGUAUUUGUAUAAUGUAAUUUUAUUUGUAAAUAACAAAUACAUGAAUAUAUUAUGUAAAAAUUUAUAUAUUUAAUAGAAAAUUUGGCGAAAAAAAUGUUUUAUAUUUUAGUUUUCUCUUCAGUUCAAUAAAUUAAACCUAAACAAAAAAAGAAAAAAAAAAACAAAAAUACAACUUGAUUUUAUUUAAUUCUACUUGCCCAGGAAAUAAAGUGAUUAACUAAUAAACUGAUUAAUAAUCUCUGUAAUUUGUUAGAAAUAUUAGCUGCUAAUGAAUUACUAUUAAGGAAUUAGAGGCAUCUCCGGUAAGUAGUGGCCGAUUUUUGAUAAUUCAUGUAUAAUUUAAACCAUAACACAAGCUACAUUCAAUAAAUCGAAACUGCAAAAUCUGUAGAAAGGCGAACGUUCGUAAUCUACAACUG